GGCACCAGAUUAUUUGCCUUUUGCAGAAAAACAAACAUUACAUUACAGCUGGAAGUAUCUUUGCCAUUCUUGUGGAGUCUGUUGCAACCAACCCAGAUAAUAAAUGAAUCCUCUGAGACUAUUAGACUUUAGUUGGGACACAGUGAGUGCAGGUGGUUUGUUCAGUGGUGUGUCUCUCCCCUGGAUGUCUCACCUGACUGUGGCUAACCUGACCCUGGGUCUGUGGCUCCCGGAGCAGUCCGUCCUCCAGCCGGCGUGGGACUACCUCCUGCAGCACCACCAGGCUGAGCUGCGGAGCCCUCUGUUCCCUGUGGUCAUCUCUGUCUCUACCUACCUUCUCCUGGUGACCCUCUACACCCUGCUAGACCUCCUGGCCCCCAGCUGGCCAGCCCUCAACAGCUACAAGCUCCACCCAGACAGACCCGUCACCUGGGACAACAUCUGGACCACCCUGUAUCUCACAGCCUACAACCACCUGGUCUAUAUCUUCCCUGCUGCUGUGGGCCAGUGGCUGUGGAGGCCUCCUAUCCCCCUCCCCCGUGACGCACCUACUCUACUGAGCUUCCUCCUGGGCAUCCUGGGGUGCAUGGUGGUCUUUGACUUCCAGUUCUACCUUUGGCAUCUUCUACACCACAGAGUCCCAUGGCUGUACCGCACCUUCCACGCCAUGCACCACCAGUACCUUCAGCCCUUCAGCCUGGUUACCCAGUACGUGUCCGCCUGGGAGCUGAUCAGCUCGGGCUUCUGGACCACUGUGGACCCCCUCCUGCUGCAGUGCCACUGCCUGACCGCUUGGGGCUUCAUGGUGUUCACCAUCUGUGUGUCCACUGAGGACCACUGUGGCUACGACUUCCCCUGGUCACUGCACCGCCUGGUGCCCUUCGGCCUGUGGGGCGGACCCCCCAAACACGACGCUCACCAUCGGAUGCCCGGGACUAACUUUGCCCCGUUCUUCUCCCACUGGGACUGGCUGGGGGGGACUAACAUGGUGCCCACCCCCUCCAAAGAUAAAUAUGUUGAGGAAGGUCUGAAAGGGAGGAAGGAUAAAGGAGCUUGAGUGUUGCUUUUUUUCUCUCUCCUCCCUCUCCCUUGACCACUUUUUGUGUGUAUUUCAUCCAAUCUCUCUCCCUUCCUUACUCUAUCUCUUCUGUCUUUCUCUCUGUCCACCUCUCUCUCUCUCUCUCUCUCUUCACCUUUUCCAUCUUUCUUUGUGUUCAUGAAAUGUAAUGACUUUACACUAACUGCCCUCUGUAGCUCUCUGUCAGAUCUCUGGUUUUGUAUGAUAUUGAUUUGUUUGCUCUGUGGGUUUUUUCAUUGGUUUCCAUGGCAUUCUCAGGUCAGACUUCCCUGCAUUUGAAAUGUGUGUGUUUUACUAAUACCGCUAAAAGUCCAUGCUGACUGGAGUUUUAUAUUUUUGCUAUUUUUGCUGUUGACAUUUUCCUAUGUUUCUCUGUUUUGAACUCUUUUUGAAUAAUUGCUUUGGGGGUAAAUCCUAUGACUGGAUAACCUGAUAUAGCAUAACUGUAUGUUGGUAGAUAAGAGUGCACAAAUGUUUUAUAGGUAUUUUAAUAACUCAUGUAGUAUUUUAGGAAAAUGUGUGCUUUGUUAAAAAUAACACAGUUGAAGGAUUGCAGCACAGCAAUUCAAGCAGGGUAACACAAGGGAAAUGCGCGUGUGCGCACACGCACACGCACACGCACACACACACACACACACACACACACACACAAACCAGAAAGCUGAAUGGCAGUCUUUUAGAGGUGUCCAGUGGGCCGCCAGAGCGAUGCGUGGGGCCAAUACUAAUUUAUCAUCCUGUCUUUCAGACACUGUCAAUAAUCUCUUUGGCAGAGACCUCUACACUGCCCCUCCCACAACAAAAUACCUUCAUUGUGAUCCAUGAUCUUCAGCCUGGUGCCUAAACACAAACAAAAAUCAAACACAACUAUUUCUCUUUUCAAGCAUGUCAUUGGCCGAGCAUCAAGUAUACUUGGUAUUCCUAGAGAGAACAGCGACGAGACGGCCUACAGGGAGGAGGUGAGGGCCCUCGGAAUGUGGUGUCAGGAAAAUAACCUCACACUCAACAAAACUAAGGAGAUGAUUGUGGACUUCAGGAAACAGCAGAGGGAACACCCCCCUAUCCACAUCGAUGGAACAGUAGUGGAGAGAGUAGCAAGUUUUAAGUUCCUCGGCAUACACAUCACAGGCAAACUGAAUUGGUCCACUCACACAGACAGCAUCGUGAAGAAGGCGCAGCAGCGCCUCUUCAACCUCAGGAGGCUGAAGAAAUUCGGCUUGUCACCAAAAGCACUCACAAACUUCUACAGAUGCACAAUCGAGAGCAUCCUGGCGGGCUGUAUCACCGCCUGGUACGGCAACUGCUCCGCCCUCAACCGUUAGGCUCUCCAGAGGGUAGUGAGGUCUGCACAACGCAUCACCGGGGGCAAACUACCUGCCCUCCAGGACACCUACACCACCCGAUGUUACAGGAAGGCCAUAAAGAUCAUCAAGGACAUCAACCACCCGAGCCACUGCCUGUUCACCCCGCUAUC